AUGCCUCCCAAGGUAGAAGAUACCCAAGGACUGAAUGGCACCACGGACCUGCCUCCUACCGAUGAGCACCACACGAAGCAAAAUGCAUGGUCUGCCCCCGGUCCUGCUGCCUUUGACUUCAGGAGCGACGUAGUGACAAGCCCUACAGCUUCCAUGCUGGCAGCUAUCACCAACACCACACUCCUUGACGAUGUCUUCGUAGAAGACCCCACAACCAACGACCUCGAAGCCCACCUCGCGUCGCGAACCGAGCACGAAGCUGCCCUCUUCGUCCUAUCCGGGACUAUGGGGAACCAGCUUGCCAUCCGCGCGCACUUGACACAACCUCCACACUCUGUUCUCUGCGAUUACCGGGCUCAUAUCUUGGAGUGGGAGGCUGGCGGUGUGGCUAGCUUGUGCGGCGCGCUGGUCAAGGGUGUGGUGCCGAAGAACGGGGUAUACUUGACGCUGGAAGAUAUCGAGAAGAAUGUUAUUCUGGGCGACGAAAUUCACGGCGCCCCUACAAGGCUAAUCUCUCUUGAAAACACUCUCGCUGGCACCAUCAUGCCGUUAGAAGAAGUGAAGAGGAUUUCUGCGUUUGCAAAGGAACACGAUAUCAAGCUCCAUCUUGACGGAGCGCGAAUCUGGGAAGCUGUUGUAGCUGGAGCCGGCUCGUUGCCAGAAUAUUGCAGCUUGUUUGACAGUGCCAGCUUGUGCUUCUCCAAAGGUCUAGGUGCUCCGGUUGGAAGUAUGCUCGUGGGAAGUAAGAAGCUUAUCAAGCAAGCGAGAUGGGUGAGAAAGAGUAUUGGCGGUGGAUUAAGACAACCAGGUGUUGUGACCGCCGCGGCUCGAGUAGCACUAGACGAGACGUUUGGCAAAGGACCCAAUGGCGAAGGAGGACUCUUGAAGCAAAGCCACAUUACGGCUAAAAAGAUUGCAAAUAUAUGGACUGAAUUAGGAGGGAAGCUAGAGAACCCCACAGAGACCAAUAUGGUGUGGCUCAACCUCGAAGAUGCGGGCAGUUCCGGACCUGAAUUCUUGGAAGUUGCAAAAGAGCAUGGGUUGAAGAUUCUCCCCGGUAGAGGACGGCUGGUCGUCCAUUAUCAGAUCAGUGAUGAGGCUGUGGAUCGUUUAGAAAAGGUCAUGAAAGUUCUCAUAAGUCGUAAGGGACAGAACGGACAGGCGAACAAGAUACGGGUAGGCGAGAGAGCAUAUGGUUAG